AUGGCACCAUCCAGUCAGAGUAAUGGAAAGAUUUUCGGACGAUUCGAUCCGAUCCAUAUUGCUCUUGCCGUCACUUCUGUGAUAUUCUUGAUUCUUUCUAUCGUCUUCAUUAUUCUUUUUGCAACCAAGCACGAUACUUCCACUGGGUUCUUGGCGACCGGAUUCACUAACAGUAAGACUGAUGAUGUAUACAGUGAAUGGAAAGGUCUUCUCAACAAAAAAUAUACAGUUAAUUCGUUUGCCCUGGAUGUUCAAAACAAAGCUGUUAGUGCCGUCUUCUCACUUCGAGACUCAGUAUCUACCAGUGACGUUCAAAAUGUUUUGUCUGGAUCCAAAUUGGCCUCCCAAUUGGAAACAACUUAUGGAGACAAAGCUACUGCAGUAUGUCGUCAGGUACAAGCCUUCCCAGGAACAUCUUCAGUUGCACCAGUCACUGCAGCAACCACAAAAGCUUCACCAGUUGUCGCUAGAUACUGUAACAGCAAUCCAAUUACUCGGGAUGUUCUGAUUGUUGUCGAUAUGAAUGACCUCGCAAAGAACAAUCACUCGGAGAAGAUGGCCAGUUUGAAUGCAGUCCGCAAUAGUUUGAUGAAUGGACUCACCUUCCCACAAGCCAACGUCUUCUUGAAAGCAGUUGUUAACACUGAAGUCAGAGAUAUUUCAACUAAAUGGGUCAGUGAUGCAAACUCAUUCAACGCCGAUUUCAACAAACUCCUUGCAAUCAAUGACUUCGUUACUCAAACCUAUCUCAUCAUGUCUGAUAUCUUCACGAAAUCCAUUCCAACAAUCCAAACAGGACGCCAAUAUGUUCCUGGAGCACUUUUCGUUAUCACCGACAAGCAAGUUUCUCAAAAUCCAAUCACCACAAAUCCAAAAGAUUACGGAGUAUACGUUGGAAUCAUUGGAGUUCGUAAGCAGUACAUUGAUCAAUACAAAUCUUUGGUUGACAAUUCACUCUCUUUCGAAUCAUGGACUGAUCUUGGAAACAAAGAUCCAUUCGCAACAAUGAUUUGUUCUUUCUAUCAAUUGCCAGCCACUCCAAAGAAGUCUUUCUACAACUAUCCACUUGCUGAGCUAGACACAGUUGACACUCCAAAAUGUCAAGUUCUUGAUAUUAUCAUUGCAUUCGAUAUCUCCGAAUCCCUCUCCAGAAUUAUUCUUCCAAAAUACGUUGCGUUCGCCAAGAGAAUCGUGGCUCAAUACAAGUACAAGGGUACUGAUUUCACUCGUGUCGGAGUUUUGACAUUCAAUGACAAAGUAACCGAAAAACUCACUCUUACAAAUGGAGUCGACUUGGCUACAAUCAACGCAGCGAUCGAUUCAGUUGAAUAUCUAGGAGGCUUGACUGAUGUCACCGCGGCUCUCAAGGCAGCGAAAGAUCUUUUCUCGAAAGAAUCUGAUAAUGCCCAUUCCAAAGUUCUGAUUGUUCUUUCCGAUGCUGUACCAACUGUUGACACAUAUGCAGAUGAAAUUGCUGCCGGACAAGCUCUUUCUGCAGCUGGAGUCGCUACAUUCUUCGUUGGAUACAAUCAUUACAGUGAUGAUGUUCUCAAACAAUUGGGACAAGUGACCAAUCCAGCUUACGUCUUCGGAGACAUGUCUGAUGCAUCUUUCAAUGGAAUCACUCAACAAAUUCUCACUGCUUAUCCAUGUCCACAGCCAAAAUGUGUCACUGCUUACUAUGCUGUUGAAAUCAGUGAGGCUACUGAUGAUUAUGUUAUUCAAAACCUCAAGGAUGUCCUUGCCAUUUCCAGCAAGGCCCAGCCAAUGCAAACUGGAACUGAAUCGUAUCAAUUGGUCACAUACAACAACAUCCAUAACACUAAAUUCGGUCCCCAAGGAGAUGCCUCAUUCAAAUCGUUCCAGAAUUUCGUUCAAGAUUUGAUUGACAACCCACAGAAAAUCGUCAAUCUGAGAAGCGGAUACACUAAUCUCCCGGAAGCAAUCAAUGAAGUGACCGCUGAAUUGCAGAAUCAAGCAGCCAAGAACACCCGAUUCUCUUCGAACAUCAUCUUCAUGGGACAAGCCAACAAUGCCGUCUUGGACCCUGAUCAAACUGUUCAAGAAAGAAUGCAACAUCUCAAGGAUGCUGCUGCAAACUUGCAAGCUCAAACAUCUGGAUUUAUCUAUGUUGUUGAUGACUCAAGAGAUCCUGUAGAUUUCGGAGAUGAUCUAUGGUCCAGUGUCACCAGAACCGACCGUAUCAUUCAGAAGACUGAUAACGUUGCUGAUGCUUUGGAUAACACAGACUACUACACAACGUGGAAAGCACUUUCUUGCUCACUUCCAGCUCUCACAACAUGCUAUGACACUCCACUCGACGUCGCCGUUAUGAUCGAUCUUCAGAACAAAGACUACAAUUUUAUCAACUACAUCACAACACUUAUUUCUCGUUUCUCCUCUCAAGAUGACACUCAUUUCUCAAUGGUCGCUUAUGGAUCUCGUCAAACUUCAGUUCUCUCUAACUUGGCAGUUCACAGUGCUGCAGAUGUACAGGAUAUGGCUGUCACUUAUGAAGAUUGGAGAAAUGGAACUUAUUUCAUGACUACAACAACACCUGUUCCAACAACUACUGACAAACCAAAGGAAUUCUGGACGAAUGAUCUCUACCAAAUUGAUCAAAAUGUGAUGAAAGGAGUCUUCGAUGCAUUGGGAACUCAAUUCGGAUGUGGACACUACAGUGAUGACGGAGAUCGUAUCUUUGCUCCAAAUCUUUACAUCUUCGCUUCCGAUAACUUUAAAUCAUAUGAUGCUACAGUCUGGGCUGAUUUCCAGACGGAAUUGCACAGUAGAUAUGGAUGUUGGGAUUGUGCUGGCACUCCAUCUUUCUUGUUCCUCUCAAGAAAUGAUGGCAAGGCUCCAGACACUCUUGGAAGAACAAUCAAAUUGUCUGAUGCUGAUCUUGAUAUUGAUGCAUCUGAUGACACAUCUACUCAAGCCAACAUCAAUUUGUUCAACAGUAUUGUGAACUCCGUUUGUGUUUCUGGACUUCCAACAUGUGCAUCAUACACGACAUGUGUACCUUUUGCCUGA